AUGAAAGAAGGUUUGAUAAAGUUCCCUACUCUGACCGCGCCAUUUGAAAAGGAACCACUCAUCCUGUAUUUGUCCUCUUCAGACAAGGCAGUGGGGUCGGUAUUGUUGGUGGAGAGAAAUGGAGUCCAGACUCCAAUUUAUUACGUCAGUAGGGUGCUUACUGAUCCAGAAACGAGAUAUUCCACAAUGGAAAAGUUGGUACUUGCGCUGCUACACGCCUCCAGAAGGCUGCGCAAAUAUUUUACAGGGCAUGUGGUCACGGUACUCACCAACUUUAACAUCAGCACCAUAUUACAAAAGCCAGAAACGUCAGGUCGCCUAGCGAAGUGGGCAAUCGAACUGGGGGGCCACAACAUUCUCUACAGGCCGCGCCCAGCAAUCAAGGGUCAAGUCCUAGCGGACUUCAUCACCGAAGUCCCAGAGGACAAAAUCAAAGAUUGUGAGAUUGUCGAGACUCCCAGAGAAGACAAGUCCGAUGGGUUAUGGUUGCUAUACACUGAUGGGGCCUCAAACGAAGAUGGUGCAGGGGCUGGAUUGCGCCUGGUUUGUCCUGAGAAACAUGAAUUUACAUACGCCAUUAAGUUGGAUUUUAAGAAUACCAACAAUGAGGCGGAAUAUGAAGCAUUUUUGGCAGGCCUGCGCCUCGCCAUCAAAAUGGGAGCUCAAAACGUACAAGCGCAUGUCGACUCACUUUUGAUCGCCAGUCAAAUCAACGGAGUGCAUAAUGCAAAGGGCGAUGUUAUGGCCUUGUAUUUAGACCAAACAAAAGAGUUGCUGCAAAAAUUCAAGUCAUACAAGGUAGUACACAUCAAUCGCUCAGAGAACAAACCAGCGGACGCCUUGAGCAAGCUCGCCUCAACUUCUUUCCAAAAUCUUGCCAAAGAUGUACGAAUCGAAGUACUAAAAAACCCGUCAGGUCUAUUGCGUCAAGUAAAUGUGAUCAAGAUAGGGCAACCAUCUUGGAUGACCCCUAUCAUUCAGUACUUGCAAGAGGGAAUACUCCCUGAUAACAAAGCAGAGGCAAGGAAGGUACAGAACAAGGCCCCGCAUUAUGAGAUGAAUGGUGGUAUCUUGUACCGAAGAUCCUUCUUGGGGCCACUUCUGCGCUGUGUAGACCCCCAAGAUGCAAAAUACUUGAUCAGGGAGAUUCACGAAGGAAUAUGUGGCAUCCAUGCAGUCCCACGCAUGGUUGCCGCGAAAUUAAUGAACGCUGGUUACUAUUGGCCAGGGAUGCACGUGGACGCUCUAAAGGAAUUGGGCAAAUGCGACUCCUGUCAAAGGCAUGCCCCGAAAACCCUGCGCCCGAAAAAUGAUCUCAUUCCUAUGUCCACUGUGCAUGGCCUUUCCAGCAGUGGGGAAUUGAUAUGGUCGGACCUUUCCCUGAAGCUCCGGGAGCUGUGA